GGAGUACAGUACCGACGUCUUUGGGGGUAUAUGACAGCUGAGUGGUUACCAGUUAGACACAUGUGGGCUAAAUGUUAUACCAAUCAACUGCGGCAUUUGGGUAACACAAGCUCUAAUAGGGUUGAAGCUGCCCAUUCCUCCUUCAAGAAGUGGCUUCAAUCAUCUACUGGCGCAGUCGACACGGUAUACAAGAAGAACGAUGAUUACAUUGAGGCUCAACACCUUCAAAUCAGGAAGCUGCUGGAGGAUUCCCGACAAAAGAAGCUGCUCCGAGCGGAUGGAAAACCAUUUCGAGAGUUGAAUACGAAAGUCACUCUAGAAGCUCUGAGGUUGAUGUUGUUCGAGGUAGCAGUGGAAGGGGAACCUUGUACAUGUACGUUUCUUCCUACCUAUGGUCUCCCAUGUAGAUGUUCCAUUCAGUUAGCACGACGUGAAAAUCGGGAUUUCGCCUUGUAUGAUGUGUUGCCAUUCUGGACCGUUAUCAACUAUCGUGAACCUCCUACUCGGCCGGAGUGGGAUGACCAUAGUGAUUACCACCGUGGUGUGUUCCAAGGUCUAGUACAGGAGGUUCUUGAUAGAGGCGACAAGACCCUUACUACCCGCUCGUGUGGCCACUCCCAACUGUCUGUAGAGAUAGGCUAGUGCACCAGCUCCCCAAGCGUAAUCAGCCAAUCGUCGAUGAUCCUUCAGAAACAAGUUGAUCGCAGGACGAAGGCGAUCACGACUCUUAUCCACAAAAAGCGUGGAUCCCAGCAACACAAACAGGUAACACUGCACCUCCAUCUCCUUAAUCUUCAGCUCUCCCCCACGCACCAACAAUCCCUCUGCAUGCAUAGCACCAUUAUCGUACCACUUCGACUUCCACUUACCACCAACCUGAGCAUCCACCGAAAGUCGAACUAGACCACCCAUGUCUGACUUAAGAGUAUCCUGCGACGCCUCAUCUCCCAUCAGCUCUCCGUCAACCGGUAUCCGAAGAAUGUGAUGCACAUCGUGUAGAAGGAUCGAAAUCUCUCCAAACGGCAUGUGGAAGGUGUU